AUGUUUCUUAUUUCGAAAAUUGUUCGCGGUCGUCGCCUACUGCAGGAACUCGAAGCAGAUGCAGCGCGUAAAGAAGCUGCAGAGGCAGCUGCAGCUGAGAUGGCUGUGGCAAAUAUGGCUGCACGACUUCCGCGCCGAGGCACUCAGCAAUAUCGCGCCGGCAAAUCG